GCUUGAUUAGAGAAUUAGCUGUUUCAUCAUGCAUGCGCAUGCAAGGUGCCCGAAACUUCUUUGUCUAAAUUCAGAAACAUGAGAUUCUUAGUUUGAGUUUGUUGGUAUUUGGCUUGUUUCUUUUUUAUUUCUUGAGGGAACGUUUUUGGUUUUAAAUCCUAUUGCAAAGUGUAACCUUGUAUCUAAUCUUCAGACAAUUGGAUUGUACCCCUAUUUAAAGGAAUAGGUUUGACCUUAAGUUGUAAUGGCUACCGUUCGAAUGUUUUGAAUUUCUAUCUUUACUUUUCAUCAAUUCUCCCUGAAUAAAUUAACUUGUAUUUACCUAAUGGAUUACAAAUUCAAUAAUAUUUCGCCACCGAUGCACUAUCACACAAAUUAUAACUUAGGCUUCAUGAACCAUGAAUGCUAUUCCGUUCCUUUAUCCCCUGUCAAUAACAGCAAUGAACCCAAUGAAUGGAUGGAUGAUUUUUUGAUCAACUCAGCGCCAAUGACAACUGUCAACAGUGGAUCUGGACUUAACAACACACCAUUACAACCUAGUAAUUUAGGAAAUCAACCUAUAAACUUUACCCAAUAUUUUGAAGAAGGAAGUAUUUUCCAUCCGGUAAGUUCAUCUGCAGAAACUUCGUAUGCCAAUAGCCCAGAAAACGUGUAUCCCGAAAAGGUUGAUACAAAGACCAACAACAACAUUUCAGAACCUAAAAGAAAUAAACAAAAUUUGAACCUCGAGACGUUAGAGGUGUUGUUUAAUACCAAAGACAUAUUGAAGCAAGAGCCAACUGAUACCUUGCUUCCGAAGAGAAAAAGGAAUGCUACCCCGGUUGAAUCUAGCGUACCCGUUUCUAGCAAUGAAUCGUCACCCAUGUUGAGCAAAACCAAUACCAUUUCUCUUUCUCCAGCCUCGUCUAUGGGUUCCUCGACUUCCAGUAGUGAGAAAAUUGAAGAAUCUAUUAAGACUGAAAAGAAAUCACAACCAAGAACACCCAAGAAGAGAGCACCUAGAAAGAAGCUAACUGAUCUGCAAAAGAAAGCUCAUAAUAAGAUUGAAAAGAGGUAUAGAAUUAACAUCAAUGCUAAAAUUGCCGGUAUACAAAAGAUUAUCCCAUGGGUUGCUUACGAAAAGACCGCAUUUGAGACCGGUGAACAGGCUAGUGACAUUGAUGCCAAUUGUGCCAGACUUAACAAAUCAAUGAUUUUAGAAAAGGCCACUGAUUAUAUUCUUUACCUACAACAAAAGGAAAUUCAAAUGACGGAAGAAAACAAGAGGCUAAAAGAGCAAGUGCUUUCUUUGGGUGGUAUUAUAUAGUAUGUUUUUCAGCUAUAGUUACAUUUAGAUGAUUCUAUAGAUUUGUUUUGUGUUUCUAUGUUUUUAAUCGUUUUGAUAUUUAUUUAAUGCACAGCGGACUUAAUUCGAUUUUUU